CACGAUCUUAACUCAGAACCAAAGUAUUCGAGCAUUGCUGCUCCAAGUGGAAGGUGCUCGUUGUUCAUUGUUUUGAUAUUUCCUUCUGUGCCAAGAAUCCUUGGCGCAAAUCAUGUGGCAACUGGUUUCUGCAUUGACCUUGGUCGGCGUGACUUUAGUGACGGCGUUGCCGCAAGGCAACGAAAAAGGUAGUCUCGCCGAUCUCAUCGCCCAAGCGUUCCCCUCAACUACGACUCCUCAGGGGGUUCCCGCAAUAGACGGCGAUGUCGAUAGCCUUAUUAAAAACAUCUUCAGCAACGUUACCACCACUACUGCUUCCUCAAAUGUUAUCCUUGGCACCGCGAAUCAAACACCUUCGAAACCUGAUGACUGCGAAUGUGUGCCUUAUUAUCAGUGCAAAGAAGGCAAGAUCUUGGAUAACGGAAUCGGCAUCAUCGAUAUCAGGUCCGAUUUUGGUGAUAAGGAUGAGAAGCCUUCGGGAGCUCUUGGGGUAUGUGAUAAUUACUUGGAUGUUUGCUGCAAACCUCCGGAUCGGCAGCCACCAUCCACGCCUGAACCAAUCGGUAGGAAAGGAUGUGGACAACGACAUGCUGAAGGAGUCGGCUUCAGAAUCACCGGUCAAACCGAUAAUGAGGCCCAAUUCGGUGAAUUUCCAUGGAUGGUGGCUAUUUUGAAAGAGGAGGCUAUUGGCAGCAAUGGCCAGAAAUUGAAUGUUUAUCAAUGUGGCGGAGCUCUUAUUCACAGGCAGGCCGUUCUCACUGCAGCUCAUUGCGUCAAUGGGAAACAGCCACAGGAGCUGAAAGUUCGUGCAGGAGAAUGGGACACGCAGACGAAGAACGAAAUCUAUCCACAUCAAGAUCGCGAAGUCGAGAAAGUCGUGGUUCACGAAGGCUUCCAUUCCGGUGCACUCUACAACGAUUACGCUAUCCUGAUCCUGAAAACUCCAGUUGAGUACGCGGAGAACGUUGAUAUCGUAUGUCUCGCUGAAAUAAAUGCAAACUUCGACGGAUCCAAAUGUUUCGCCAGCGGAUGGGGAAAAGACAUAUUCGGCAAAGAGGGACGUUAUCAAGUGAUUUUAAAGAGAGUAGAGCUUCCUAUAGUACAACAUAAUACGUGUCAAGAUAUUAUGCGUACUACCAGAUUGGGAAAAUACUUUCUACUAGACAAAAGUUUUAUCUGCGCGGGUGGAGAAGUAGGAAAAGAUACUUGCAAGGGCGACGGUGGAAGUCCUCUCGUGUGCCCGCUAAGGAAUGAUCCGACUAAAUACGUUCAAGCUGGUAUCGUAGCCUGGGGUCUUGGCUGUGGCGAGAAUGGAACUCCCGGCGUUUAUGCUAAUAUAGCCUAUGGUCGUCAAUGGAUCGAUGAACAAAUGGCUUUCCACAAUUUGGACAACAGUGUUUAUCAAUAUCCCAACUGAUUGCUCUGUGCCAAUAUUUUUUUUAAAUUUUUAGCAGAUCAUAAAUAAUUCCAUUAAUAUUUAAGUAUUGAGUUCUUUUUACGUCAAAUAAUUUUACAUUGACAAUAAAUGUGAUGUUUGAAGCUUACGUUGACAGUCUAUACUAUAGGAUUCCGAAUCUCUUCUUUUAUAUUUGUCGCUUGAAUUAUGCAUUUAAAAGUGACUGUUGAUCUAUGUAUAUGACGAAAUACAAAUAAGCAUUGUAAAAAAUAACAUAUGACAUUUUUUGUAUAUGACGCACAAGUGAGUAAUAAAAA